AUGGACGGCCUCUUCACCCUCCUCAGCCUGUGCGCAGUCAUGGCCACCGCUUCGUUUCUAGCCGGUAUCCUACCUCUGGCGUUUUCUCUGUCUACAGCAAGACUACGAAUGAUUUCAACUAUUGGCAUGGGCGUUUUAGUGGGAACAUCUCUGGUCGUCAUUAUACCUGAAGGGGUGGAAACGUUAUACAGUGCAUCAGAAGUUGGCCAUAAACAUUCGCACGCGCUCAGAGAUGCAACGUUCGUGCAUAGCGCAAGUGAUCAGUUAUCAGAGCUCCAUACGAGAUGGCUUAUACACCCCGCGAGGACUUCUGGGGACGCUGGUGCGGAUCCCUUUGACGUACCUGGGCCUGUAAUUCCCUCGAACAUGGAUGACCCUCCUCGUACACCAACAGAACCUGAUGUGGUUGGGAUAAUGGGAGAGGAGCACGAUGCAGACUUGGGAUCAGGAAAAGAUGCAGGGAGUGCGGUGCAGCCUGACAAAGGAUCCCAACACGCCUGGAUCGGGAUAGCCCUGCUGGUUGGCUUCAUGCUCAUGUACCUCAUCGACAAAGUGCCUCAGUAUUCUCAACCGGCAAAACCGAGAACAAGGACACACCACAUUGCAUUGAACAAUCUCGGUCGCAGGUUCAACAUGGCAACUUCUCUCGAUGGCGACGAAGCUGGGGACGCUUUUCUGGGGUCGACCCAAGGAUCGCAGAUUCAGAGAAGUUUUGCAACAACUAUUGGCCUGGUCAUCCAUGCAGCGGCUGAUGGUAUUGCCUUAGGAGCCUCUUCCACGGCCACUAAUUCAGCGCUGAGCAUCGUAAUCUUCUUUGCUAUCAUGAUUCACAAGGCACCGGCGGCUUUUGGGCUGACAUCCGUCCUGAUCAAGCAAGGUCUCUCCAAGAGAGCCGCACGAGGACAUUUGCUGCUUUUCAGCUUAGCCGCGCCCGCUGGAGCAAUCAUCACCUGGAUUCUUGCCAACGUUCUGGGUGGGGGAAAGAGCCACAGCCCGGAGACAACGACUUGGUGGACGGGGAUGCUUCUGCUAUUUUCUGCCGGCACCUUUCUAUACGUUGCCAUGCACUCGAUGCAGGAAACUUCAAAUUUUCACCAUGAAGGUGCCAAUGGGCAACCGAACGGUUAUAUUGAGGGCCGCGAGACUAGUCAGAAUGGGCCAAAGCCGUCGUGGAGGGAUCUGGCAGCGGCAUGCUUCGGAAUGGUGUUACCCAUCUUCUUGCAGGUUGGGCAUGCGCAUUAA